AUGUCAUUAAAUUGUGAAAAUAAACAUUAUGAUUAUUUAGUAAUUGGUGGUGGUAGUGGUGGAUUAGCUUCAGCAAAACGUGUUGGUUUGUAUGGUGCUAAAGUUGGAUUGAUCGAAUCAAGUGGUCGACUUGGUGGUACUUGUGUUAAUGUAGGAUGUGUACCAAAGAAAAUUAUGUUUAACACAGCGAGUGUCUCGGAAACGCUUGAAGAUGCGUCUCAUUACGGAUUUAAUAUAAAAGAAAUUUCAAAAUUUGAUUGGCCAUCCAUAAAACAUAAACGUGAUGAGUACAUAAAACGACUUAACAAAAUUUACGAAAAUAAUAUGAAAAAAGCAAAUGUUGAAUUGAUCGAGGGUCACGCAAGUUUUGUUAGUAAAAAUGUCGUAAAAGUUAAGCAAGAAAACGGCGAAUGCGAAACUAUUCAUGCCGAUCACAUUUUAAUUGCUACAGGUGGUCGUCCAAUUAUUCCAAAUAUUCCUGGCAAUGAACUUGCAAUUGACAGUGAUGGUUUUUUUGCUCUCAAAGAACAACCAAAAUCCGUAGCUGUUAUUGGUACUGGGUAUAUUGGUGUUGAAUUGGCAGGAAUUUUUAAUACCUUAGGGACAAAAACAACUCUUUUCAGCCGUUCAGGCGAAAUUCUUCGUAGUUUCGAUCCAAUUAUCAAAAAAGUUUUAUAUAACGAUCUUCAAAAAGAAGGAAUAAGAAUCUUAACAAAUGCCAAAGUUUGUAGCCUUUCACGUCACUGUGAAUCUGAUCCAAUAACAGUAGAGUUUAGCUCGAAUGAAACUCAAGAUAAAAAAGAACAAUUUGACGUGGUUUUAUACGCAAUUGGUAGAAGACCAAAUAGUGACGGUUUGAAUUUGGAAGAAAUUGGUGUGAAAUUGAAUAGUCAUGGAUAUAUUAUGGUUGAUGAAUUUCAAAAUACUGACGCUGGAAAUGUUUAUGCACUUGGAGAUGUUUGUGGUGUUGCUCAAUUAACUCCUGUUGCAAUUGCAGCUGGACGUCAUUUAGCAGAUCGUUUAUUUGGUCCUUCACAAUUCAAAAAUUCAAAACUUGAUUAUGAAAAUAUUCCAACAAUUGUAUUUCAUGGUACUUGUGGAACUGUCGGAUUGACUGAACCACAAGCAAAACAGAAAUAUGGCGAAGAAAAUAUUAAAUUACAAGGAUUUGCUGUAGCAGUUAAAAUGGGCGCAACAAAAGCAGAUUUUGAUAAUACAGUUGCAUUGCAUCCUACAGCAGCCGAAGAAUUGAAAAGUCGUUCUGUAAGUGAUGCGGAGAGAAGACGUCGCCGUCAACAAAGGAUUUUAGGAGAGGCAGGAAAUAGAUUAUCAAAAAUUAAUUAUACACAUACCUCACUAGGCGGAGAGGCUGCUGGUAGUGGUGGUGGUCAUUCAACGCGAACUACACCUCGGACCAGUAGAAGAUCUUCUCCUCUACCUAGUGGAAGAUCCUCACCAACCAAAGAAGAUGUAUUUGAUAGUCCUUUUACACGUUCUAGAAGAAAUACUGGUAAUUUUGAAGGGGGCGGUGUUAGUGAUAGUAAUAAUUAUUUUAACCCUUUACAAUCAACACUAUCAUCAUCACCAGAUAAUAUUAAUUUAUCAUCAUUUUCUACAGACAAUAAUAAUUCAUCACCAGCACCACAUAUAAGAGUUAGUGAGGAUAAUACAGAAUCAGAGUUUUCCGCAAUUUCAAAACGAUUAAAUUCCGUUUUAGAAAGUGAAGAACAAUUAGCGUAUGACAAUCAAGAAAAUAAUGAAUUUUAUAAAAGCAUGAUAGGAAAUAGUAUAUAUCAAGGAAAAAAUAGUAGUACUGCAUCAUUAGAAUCAUCAUUUGGUGGUGGCGGUAGUGAAUAUCAAUAUUCGCCACAGCAUCAACAAUUUCCAGAACAAUUGGAACAAAUGCCUGAAUUAACAAGAUCACAAGGUGGUUGGACUAGAUUUUAUUAUUUAAAUUAUGAAAAACCUGGCGAAAUAUUAGACAUAAAUCAAAUUCCAAGUAUGCCGUUAUUUUGGUAUUUUAUAACAGCUGAAUUAAUAUUGCAAUCCACAAGAUUAUUAUUACAAAGGGAUCAACCAUUACAAGGUUCGACAUUAGGAAAUUUAGCAGCCAAUUUACCUGAACCAUUUCCAGACAUAAUUAAAAUCCUAUUAAAGCAUAGAUUAAUAUGGAAUAGUUUAUGGGAAGAUAUUUGUGUAUUAAUAUUUAUUGUAGGACUUGUAAUAGCUAUUUCUCCUAUAUUGUCAUAUUUUGAUUAA